AUGAGUAGCAGAUCUUCUCGUCGUUCACUUUCACGAGCAUCUUCGAUUUCAUCUGAACCUUCAACACCAAUUGCAAGACGAAGAAAACCUCAAAUGAAUACAAAUUCAAGAAUUCAAAAAUCUUCCAGCAACUCACCAAAACCCAAGAUUCGUUCAUUGAGAAGACUUCAAACCAAAACGAAGACCGUUAAAUGGACGGAUAAUAAUGACGGUAAUUCAUCCAAUUCAGAUGACGACUAUCAGCGAGAAGAAACCCAAUACCGACGCCUAUCAACUACUGAAUCUUCAAAUAUUGAUAAUGAAUGUGACGAAACAAAUCCAUCAGCUAUUAUCGAAUCUCUUUCAAUAUCUCAUUCAAAAACGAAUGACAACAUCAUGAAUAGUCAAAUAACAGUUCAUCCAAGUGAUGAAACUGUGAUCGAAAUGCAAGAGAAUCCGUCCUUUAAGAAUAAAAAGAAUGAUUCUGCCACUGACACCCAGGCAGCUGGACGCCAUGAAACGAAAACGGAACGGAUUUUGGAUUUAUUUGUUGAAUGUGUUGAAGAAGAUGGUACUACUGUUCUUGUGUGCAAGUUAUGUCCAACGAGAAUUAAAAAGCAGAUUCGAUCAACAGCUAAUCUACGUCGACAUGUUGGUUCUGUACACGGGCAAAAAGCAUUCCUAUUUAAGUCUCAACUGAAAGAACGUCGUUCUGAAUCAUCUUCAUUAUCCAAUCAAUUCAAGGCCAAAUUAGAUGAGAAACAAGUCAACGCAAUUAUUCUCGAUUCUCGUCCUUUCAACGACUUUUCAAAAUACGGCAUGCGAGAUUUUCUUACUUACACCGUUCCUGGUUAUAAACCCCUUCAUCGGACUACUGUUCGAAAACGAAUUAGUAAAUUAUAUCAUGAACAUCGGGAAAAACUUCGCAAGAUUUUAGGUGGCGUAUCAGAUUUAUCGCUAACGACCGAUAUCUGGAAGGACAGUAGACAUCGAUGCUUUAUUGGAAUAACGGGACACUUUUAUGAUAAGAACUACACCUUUACUUCAUUGACACUCAGUUUUCAAAUGAUUCGUGGUCGACAUUUUGCCAUACGUCUUGCCAAGUAUAUCAAACGUGAAAUUUUGGCUUUGGAUAUCCAAGACAAGGUUCGAUCAAUUACAACGGAUAAUGCCGCAAAUAUUGUGGGUGCUAUUUCCAAAGUUGGUAUUGGUGAACAUUACUCAUGUAUGGCACACAAUCUUCAUCUCAUGGUUAAAGCGAUAUUGUUUCCUCCAGAACAAAAAAAAUCGCAUACGUCUGCUCCGACAUCAACUGCCGAGCAGCAAUCUAACGAUGAUGAUCACUCAGCUGAAGAUAUUGAAUCGUCUAAUGAUUGUACGAUAUCUGAAGAGGAGUCAUCUGAUAAUGAUGCUGAUCAAGAAAAUGAUUCAUCAACUAAUAGUUCAGAAGACUCAAGCACAGAAGAUGACUAUUCAUCAUCAGACAGUGGCGAAAGUGAUAAUGAAAGCACAUCAGCAAAUGUAUCUGUUCACAAAACUGUUUUACGGAUUCGUUCGUUGAUCAAACAAGUUCGAUCUGUAGUUGGACUUGUACAUCGUUCAGCACCAUUAAAUGAAUACGUUAAAGAGCAAGCUAAGAUGAAAAAUCUUCCAGGACAAGUAAAUGCCACAGUCAAUGUGCUAACUUUAAUAGAUCAAGCCUGUAGUAUUAUUUCGAGACAAAGAUAUCAUACUUCAUCAAUGGGUUAUGUUAUUACAUGCGGUUUACACCAUGCACUUCUGAAACCAUCAUCAAGUCCGUUUGCGACGAUUGAAGAUAUUUUGAAGAAGCAUCUUUUCCAUGCUUUCCAAAAGCAUUUCGAUCGAAAGAUAUCCAAUGAAAACAAACAAACUUUACUGAUUGCUGCAUAUCUUGAUCCAUCAACAUUUUUUCGAAUGACUAUCAAUGACAGGAAAUACGCUGAGGAAUUAAUAUUAAAUGCAUUGAAUUCUAGUGGUCUACGUCCAGGUGGUCAAGAUAAUCCCUCCGUUGGAAAUGAAUUACAGAAACAAGUAAAUGAUCCUGUCGACUUGUUUUACAUCAAUUGUGGUCUUUCACAAGCUACGUUAUCGAAAUUUAUGAAUUCCGUACCGCACCGUACAAUUGAAGAAGAAUUAUCUUAUUAUUCCGAUCGCGUUAAGCAACAUAGCGUUCUCAAAGAUUUCUGGAGCCGUUAUCAAAAUGAUUUACCUCGUUUAGCCGAACUGGUCCGAUCGUACAAUAUUCGUCCUGUUUCAUCCGUACCCAGUGAGGCUCUUUUCAGUAAAGCUGGCUACAUUCACCGUAAACAUCGGUCAUCCCUCAAUCCAGAGACUUUGAAAUACUCAAUGGUCCUUCGCGAUAAAAAUAUUCUCUCUAGCAUCGUCAUUGAUUGA